GGCAGAACGACGAUGCUUUUAUUGUGAAGAACGGAAGUUGCUUGUAAUUAAACAUCACAGAAGGAAGAAGAAACAUUCAGGAUGUAGUAAAAUGUUUUCUUCUGGGACGGAAUGAGUUGAGAUGAACAAAAUCCCACAAGACGUGACGGAUUAACCGAUUCCCGGCUGCAUAUCUGUGAGAAGAAGACUGAGAUCAUGUCAGCAGUCAAGAUCGCCCUGCAGCAGAGCCAGAAGAGCGGCGGGAAAAAGUCUUCAAAAGCGGUGUCGGCAGAAGUGUCGCCAGACUCAAAAUGUCCCAUCUGUUUGGACAUAUUUAACAACAUGUCCUACUUGGACCUCUGUCUGCACAAGUUCUGUUUCCGCUGUAUUCAAGAGUGGUCUAAGAACAAAGCCGAGUGUCCCCUAUGCAAACAGCCGUUCAAUUCAAUCUAUCACAGUAUUAAAUCGGACCAGGACUUCAAGAAGUAUGACCUGCGGCCUGUGGAUAACGGCUCUUUUGGCACUUUUGAGGGUGUGCGGUUUAGGUACCGCACAACCCUGACGGGAGUCCGUCGGCACAUGCAGGGCAGAACGUCUUCCCCUCCAGACAACGGAGUCAUGUUUGAAGCCUCGCUGCACCCUCCCCAACAGCGACAGGACCGCUACGUGCGUCGGAUGAUGAUGAGGCUGGCGGCCAAGAGGAGAGCUGCGAGCGAGGGCAGAGCCGUGAGCACCAUGCGAGAGCAGGAGAUGGUGAACUUCAGGAGGGAGCUGUACCGGCAGGGCGUGAGGGUUCGGAGCGUGCGGGACGGCGGACGCCUGCGAGACACCUCGGCUGAGUUCUACCGAAGAAAUCCCGCCUGCCUGCAUCGACUGGUCCCCUGGUUGAAGAGAGAGCUGGUGGUGCUGUACGGGGCCCAUGGCUCUCUGGUCAACAUUGUGCAGCACAUCAUCAUGUCGCGCAUCACACGCUUUGACAUGGAGGACGGGGCGAUUCAGGAAGAGCUCAGGCCGUUUCUCCAGGCUCGCACCGAGCACUUUCUGCACGAGUUCAUCAGCUUUGCAAAGGCGCCCUUCAAUAUGGAGGCCUAUGACCAGCACGCUGUCUACGACUGCCCGGCGCCGUCCUCGAACGAAGGCAGCAGCUCCAAUUCCUCUGUGAUCGCCAUCUCAGAAGACGAAGAGGACUCUGUAGAGCUGAGCCAUCCAGGAGACCCCACGUCCUCUCUGAGCCACUCGAUGUGGGACGAUGAGACACCUGGACCUUCUUAUUCUACCACUGCAGAGCAGAGCAGGACGGAGCGUCAGUCAGUCCUGGACUCAGAUUCCGACAGCAGCUUGGAGGAGGAGCCGCAACGUUUUGGAGCGUCUCCACAAGAAACAAGCCCGAUUAAUCAGGCAGACUUGAGUCUGGGCGAAUGUAUUAACGAGGAGCCAGUGUCUUCUGACAGCGAUGACUGUGUCAUUGUGGGCUUCGUUAAACCCACAGCAGAGAGGACCCCUGAGCUGGUUCAGCUCUCGUCAGAUCCCGAGGAGUCCGAAAACGAAGACGCCAAAAACGUUCCCCGUCUACCUCAGCACAUCCGUUUCACCAGCCUCAGUCCUGCCGCCUCUCAAAGCAGUGACGCCGCUGCACAGUCCGAAAACAGAGAAUCAGAUCACCAUCCGCUGCUGGAUCCCAGGACGAGACGCAGCUCUUCAGCAUCGAGCGUAAACAGCCCAAUCAGAGAGCCAGACAGAACAGAAAGAGACAGAGAUAGUGCUAAAAGCAAGAAAUCCAGGGAAAGACACGCAUCAAGAGACAGAGACCGCAGAAGACGGAAAAAGAAGAAGAGGCGGUCAGUAAGUGGCGAGCGCGGCCUGUCCUACAGAAGUCCAGAUGUCUCCAACAGCUGCACUUACUCAACCGAGAGAGGCCACUUGUACCCGAGUGGCAGAGAGUACUCGAAACAUGACAGCACUUAUAGAAGAAAGGGCAGCGAUCACAUCACCUAUCAGUCGUACAGCCAUUACAGCCAGCACCGGAGUGAGGGUGGGACACGCUGCACACAGAGGAAGUCCUACUAUUACAGCAGCCACAGAUACUCAGACUGGCGCUCUCAGUCCAGGAGCCGCAGCAGAGAUUCACCAGGACGACAUCGGAGACGUUCCCGAUCUCGAACUCGCUCCAGCAGCCGCUCCCCUUCGCCAAGAAGCAGGUCCCAUCACGACAAACCCGGAGGGAAAAGAAAAUACAAAACAAGACAUCUGGAGGAACCAUCGCAUGCAGACGGUGACGCGAAACACAAGAAAAGGAGCAAAGAGAAGCAUCGCAAAAGGUCCAAAGAGAGAUGGAGGAAGAGCAGCAGGAGCGUCAGCGUGGAGCUGGUGAACGACGGAGACGCCUGCGAGCGAAGCAGGCGCCACAAGAAAAAAAAGAAACACAAGAAGAAGAGCAAGAGUCACAAGAGUGCUCGAUCGGAGAGGCGCUCUCCCACCGUCAUCACCAUCGACAGUGACAGCGGGUCCUUUUCCCCUGAUGGCCUGACCCUGACCAGUGGCACGAAUAAAGAGAGCCCCAUCAACCCUUCAUCUCAAGCCCCGGUCAACUCCACCCUCAUGAAUUAAUGCUGUUGAUUGACAUCCUGAAACCAGUAAAGGAUCAUUGAUCACCACACUGUGUGGCAGUGGCAGAUGCACAUUGAGAAAAAAAAUGUACCACAGGUAUUUUCUGCAGUGACACACAGCAGAGUACUACAGUGUAAUAACAGAUCUGUAUUGAAUCGGACAUGUCAUCAGUUUCCCGGUUGUUUCUUAUAACCACAGAAAAGAAAGUGUUUUAUGUGCAGCGUGCCACAACGAAUAGAGACGAAUACUGGAAGCUUUUAAGUUUGGAAACUCAUUUAGUGGUUUGCUUUGUACGAUUUCUAAGGUGCUCUCAGGGAUAAAGUUUCUACAUAUUUUUGUUGAAUUCAAGUUAUUUCUUAAACAGUUUUUUUUUUUUUUUUUUUUUUUUACCUGCUGCUCUAAAGUACUAAUUUGCUGCUGGUGUUUGAAUUGAAUUUCAGAAUCUUUUAUUAAUUAAAUCAAUGUAAAAACAAA